AGAUGGCGGCAGCCGCGAACUCCGGCUCCAGCCUCCCGCUGUUCGACUGUCCGACCUGGGCAGGUAAACCCCCACCUGGUUUACAUCUGGAUGUAGUCAAAGGAGACAAACUAAUUGAGCAAUGCUACUUUCGUUCAUCCUGAAAUUUUUUUCUAUUAAAAGCUUAUGACGAUAUUACACAUUCAAAGCUCAUAUCUCCCACAGACACUCAGUUUUUUGUGACUUCUCUCACCUUCCAAAUGAAGAGUUUUAAUAGGUCAUGGGCCUGUAGGCCCCAAUCAAACUGGAAGCCUUCUUGGUGAAUUCCUUCUCUCUGAGUACAUGGAAUUGUGUGGAAGGCACAAGAAACUCAUUAUUGAUGAGAAGAAGUAUUACUUAUUUGGGAGAAACCCUGAUUUGUGUGACUUUACCAUUGACCAUCAAUCUUGCUCUCGGGUCCAUGCUGCAUUGGUCUACCACAAGCAUCUGAAGAGAGUUUUCCUGAUAGAUCUCAACAGUACACAUGGCACUUUCUUAGGUCACAUUCGGUUGGAACCUCACAAGCCACAACAAAUUCCCAUCGAUUCCACAGUCUCAUUUGGCGCUUCCACAAGGGCAUACACUCUGCGCGAGAAGCCUCAGACGUUGCCAUCAGCUGUCAAAGGAGAUGAAAAGAUGAGUGGAGAGGAUGAUGAACUCAAGGGCCUGUUGGGGCUUCCAGAGGAAGAAACUGAGCUUGAUAAUCUGACAGAGUUCAACACUGCCCACAACAAACGGAUUUCUACCCUCACCAUUGAGGAAGGAAAUCUGGACAUUCAGAGACCAAAGAGGAAGAGGAAGAACUCACGGGUGACUUUCAGCGAAGAUGAUGAGAUCAUCAACCCAGAGGAUGUGGAUCCCUCAGUUGGUCGCUUCCGGAACAUGGUGCAAACUGCAGUAGUCCCAGUAAAGAAGAAGCGGGUGGAGGGCCCUGGCUCCCUGGGCCUGGAGGAAUCAGGGAGCAGGCGCAUGCAGAACUUUGCCUUCAGUGGAGGACUCUACGGGGGCCUGCCCCCCACACACAGUGAAGCAGGCUCCCAGCCGCAUGGCAUUCAUGGGACAGCACUCAUCGGUGGCUUGCCCAUGCCAUACCCGAACCUCGCCCCUGAUGUGGACUUGACUCCCGUCGUACCAUCAGCAGUGAACAUGAACCCCACACCAAAUCCUGCAGUCUAUAACCCUGAAGCUGUUAAUGAACCCAAGAAGAAGAAAUAUGCAAAAGAGGCUUGGCCGGGCAAGAAGCCCACACCUUCCUUACUGAUUUGAUAUUUUUGGUCAUGGAGAAGGGUGGGAUUGGGUGGGAAUGGGGUGGAAGGGUGAUGGGGCACUAAUGAACUAGGGAGAAAAACGUUCCAUGUGUGCAGUAUCGUCUUUCAGAAUGUCUCCUGGGGUCCUAACCAUGUAAUAUUAAGACUGGGGGUGGGGCUCAAAUAUACCAUAAAGACCUGUAUUCAGAACACUUUCUAUGUAGAGAAAGGUUUCAUAGGUCCUUUAAGUAGACUGCCCUGGCUCUUUCCCAGGCCUUUUAUUGCCUCUUUCUUCCUUCUCCUUUCUAGGAUCAUUUUUAUGUGAUGUCACAUAACCUAGGUUGAAUCCAGAGCUGUGGAGGUAGCAGUAGCCUCACCAGUCUCCGGGUCCCCACAGCCUCAUUUACUGUCUUUGCAAGUCCCAGGUAGCAAAAGGGUUGCCAUGGAUCCCAGGAUGAUCAAAAAGGUUUAGUAUUCUUCGGUUAAGCUAAAGUUUAAACUCAGAAGUGUUUUCUUGGGUCUUUGGUUUUGAGGUCCAAUGGUUAGGCUUUUCUCUUCGAUCCUUUCUGUUGGAAUGAGACUCCCCUUUGUCUGUGACCAGUGCCAGAGGCACAGGUUUAUAGUUUUAACUUACAGUAUUGUGUGAACUUUUCUUGUCAAACCUGAGCACUCCAGUUGCCUAUGUUUCUCAUUUAUUUUCAGAGUACUGUCCUCUACUCUCCAAGGCAUUACUUUUCUUUUUGAGUGUGUUAUGAGGCAAUUUUUAAAGGAUAUGAUUAGUUAGGGCAACUAAGAUUAAAAAUGAAAAGAUUUACUUUGCAAGUAACUGAAGUCUAUUAAGAGGACGUUUUUAGCUGUUGGUUUGGAGGCCUUCCCCCCCCCCCCCCCCCCGUUUGAGAGCUCUGGUUGCUCAGAGCAAGACUAGACCUGGCUAACAAACAGGAGACAAAGGUAGGAAACAUUGAUAUGAGCUUUGUACAGAGAUUUGUACAUUUGUGUAAUAGGCCUUUUCACGCUUUAUGUGUAGCUUUUUACCUGUAACCUUUAUUACAUUGUAAAUUAAAUGUAACUUUUGUCA